AUGGAAAAGCCUUUCGACAAAGCAUUCUAUGAGGAAGUGAUUGAGGCAUGCGCGUUGCGAGCAGAUCUGGCGCAGUUGUCCAAUGGUGACCAAACGGAAAUCGGAGAGAAGGAUCGCGAUGUGUAUCUUCUUGACGAUCCACUAUCGGCAGUGGAUGCUCACGUUGCCAAGCAUAUCUUUACAAACGUCAUCGGACCACAAGGUCUCUUGGCAAACAAGACA